AUGUCAGGCAUCGAGCUAACGUCGACAACGGAUCUCACGAAAUUUACGGUGGUUCAACUGCGAGAACUUUUGAAGUCUCGUGCUCUGCCAUCAAGCGGUACAAAAGUGGAGUUGAUUGAACGUUUGAAGGAAAAUCUUGCGGCCGAAGAAAAGAUUCUGGAAGCUGAUGAUAGUUUAACGAAGGAUGACAGUAUUGAAAGAGCACCGAUCAGCGCAGAUGCAAUAGUAACCGAAGACGAUGUGCUCGGUCCUGAUCCAGCCUCGCAGAAGAAGGCUGAUGAUGAGGGUGGUGAAAGUGAUACGACAACAACAACCAAGACUAGUGAUAAAGUUGAUGGAAAAGACGAAGUGUCUGUUAAACAAGGGCAACAGGCGAAGAAGGCAGAUGAUGCAGCAACAGCCAUGGAGACAUUGGACGCGAAAACGAAACGUGCUCUUCGUUUUGGUUUGCCUUUGUCGGGUGAUGAUCUGAAACGUAAACGUGCCGAAAGAUUCGGAUUGAAAGUAGAAACAGAGCCAGACGAUGAGAAGAAACGAAGACGACUCGAAAGGUUUGGCCUAUUGAAUGGUACAGCAAAAGGGGAUGGUGGUAGUGCCGUGAACCAAGAUGAUAUUCUGAAGAAAAGAGCUGAAAGAUUUGGAUUGCCAGUGAAGGACAAGGAGAGUGCGAAAAAUGGCUCCAGUGCGGCCAAUGUGAGCCUCUCAACAGAUGUCGUGGAAAAAGCAUCGUUGGAAGCGUUGGAACGUCGUGCGAAGCGAUUCGGUGUGUGUUCGGAACAAGCUGAGGAAUUCGGUCAUUUAAAAUCAGAUCUUAACUGGUUUCUUGAGUGA